AUGAGUAAAGUCUCAAUACCACAUACCGAGAGGACUGCUGGUGAGCCACGUGAUGAUGGGCUACAUCCAGUUAAGAUUGACAAGAUAGAUCAGGUUAAUGAGAAUAUACGAUUGAUUAGACUUGCACCUGUGGAGAAGAAUUCUGAUCUCAAGUUCCUCCCCGGCCAAUGGCUCGACACCUACACACCCAUCUCCCCCAAAGCAGGCGGUUUCACCAUAACCUCCGCCCCCUCAUCCCUCUCGCAGCCCAACCCCUACAUCGAGCUAGCAAUCCAACGCACCUCCAACCCACCAGCAAAAUACCUUCAUCUCCCACAACCCCAGCUCCUCAACACACUCCUACAAAUUCGUGUCGGCGGCUCCUUCACAUACCCUCCCACUCCGCCCCGGAAUUUCAAACGUGUGGUUUUCGUAGCCGGAGGUGUAGGUGUGAAUCCUUUGAUGAGUAUGUUAUCGCAUAUCAAAACGUUGAAGGAAAGUGGGGAGGGAGAUGUUGAGGUGAGGUUUUUGUAUAGUGUGAAGGAACAGAGGAGGUGGGAUGAGAUUCUGUUUUUCGAGCGUAUUAAGAGUACGAUGGCGGAGCUUGGCAUGAGGGGUGGAUUCAAAUUGUUCUUAACGCCAGGAAAGGUGGGUUCCGAUCAAUCUUCAGAUGGCAGCAAUCCCGACGGGGUGGAUGUUGCGAGGAGGAGACUCACGCACGGUGAUUUACAUGAAGCACUAGGGCCUGUUGCAGAGAGGAAAGAAGUGUUGUGUUAUGUAUGCGGUGUACCGAGAAUGACGGAUGAGUAUGUGAAGGUUGCUAAGGAGGCUGAGGGCAUGAUGAAGCAGAAUGUGUUUUGCGAGAGUUGGUGGUGA